AUUGCUGCUAUUAUUACCAUAAGUCUCCUUCUUACAUUCUUGCGGUUGGUUUAAUCGAUUCGAAUGGAUGAAUGACUCAAAAUGGUAGAGGUUUUGACUCAAACAUCCAUCGUGUGGUAAUGUUCUUUAAAAGGACUUCAAUGAUCACCCGUCUACUUUCAAAUCAAUAAUGGUUAGGCACAACCGUUAGAACUGAGCAUGCGACUACUCAAUCUUCGACUGAAAAAAGUUGUAUUUUUCGAAAGUCAUAGUUUCAAUGUGUGACAAUUGAGUGCAUAUCAAUCUCAACCAACAUCGUAUGAGAAGAGGACCUUGACGGAUGCCAAAUGGAUUAUGAUAUAAUUGCUUUUCAUUAUUACCCAUGUCAAAGUGGUUACCACAAUUAGUGGUACAAGUGAGUCACCUGUACGCCAUCUCCAUUGAGGGGAUGCUACUUUUGUUCGGAUUGUAUGAAAAGCGUCAGAGGUGUCUUACGGUUUUGUGCGGCGUCGUUCAAGCGAACUUGAGGAAGAAUGAAGAAGAGUGACGCUUCAUUCCGUGCCAAAGAUGAUCUCCUGCCGUGUUCUGGAUUGAAGCGCAAAUAGCUUGCAUACCACGGAGUACCUCAUCACGGCCCAUCAGGAAUGUGAUGAACGCUCAUGCGUGAGGUCAAGUCUCGGAGGGGCAACACCGUCGAUCGCUAUCCAGCCCCCUUCAGGACAACAACAGGUUCAAUAUGGCAAAAUGGUACUAUGAUAUACCUUCAUGGUAUCUCUCUUGAGAUCAUCAGUCGCGAAUGGGACAGCAACGUGGAAACAACUCUAAAGGUUUCCUCCACACACUUCUCUACUCAAGUUCAUUAAUAGACACACACACCUCUUUGGAACCAUGAGAUCCUCGAGUCACUUGGGAUUGGCGCUCAGCCUGUACCUUGUGGUACUCCACGCUCAAGGUAUACUUGCACAGAUUCAGCAGUAUGACUUGGACUUCACCAAUGCGGAAGAAGACCAGCUCACAGGGAAUCUGUGCAUUUUCCAGCGUGUGUGUCUGGCCAAUCCAGAGGCUUUGGCCAAGAGGCUCCCUCAAGAGCCCUGUCCUGAUCCCUUCGCCGACGACCGGAACUCCCAAUUUCCUGAAGGUUGCACUUGCAACACCGAUGAAGAUUGUGGUGGAGGCACGAAUAAAUGCGUCAACUGCAAUUGUCGAGAUUGUCCCGUGUCCACCCAAGUGACCAAUAGAGGCGUGAUCAACCCCCCUUUGACCUUCGUGGUUGACACGACCAAGUCCGUGAAGCCCGACAAGUUCUCCAUCUUCAACCUGACCCAACGGGUUGUGGAACGGAUUCAAGAGAUCGACGCCAACAUCCCUCGAUAUCAAUUGGUGACCUUCAACGAUUUCGGCCCCGAUCCUCGACUCAACGUAGAAGCAAAGCCAGAGACUCAAGAUGUGAUCCAGUUCAAGCAAGAGAUCAUCUCUCUGGAGUUUGAAUCCUACGAUGGCGGACGGGACUCCAAAGAACGACUCAUGCAGGGACUUCUCGAGGCCCUUAUUCAAUCGCCGGAACGAUCCCUCAUUGUGGUCUUCACGGACAAUGGAUCCAAGGACCUGAACCUCAAGAACAAGAUUGUCGAGCUGAAGAACUUGAAAGAGCAACAGGUCUACAUUGUCUUGACCCCCAUCUAUGAGGGACGUGCUCGUGACCCCAGCUUGCCAGUUUACGACCAAGUCGCAGAUGAAGUAUUUUUCAUCUCCGAAGUUGGCGCCGACUUCUUCCUAUCAAGUGUUGAGAGCUUUGAGGAGUCAAAUUGUCUAUAAUGAAAUGCGUCUAAUAUAUUUCUAUAAUUUGUCUUUCAAAUAA